GUUGAUACGAUGACGAAACCGGUAGACUACAGGGGAGCAGUAGUAGAGGACUUAGAUUUACAGCCUGCCUUGACUGUAUAUGCCAAUGAAUCUAUCGAUAAAGUAUUAAUAGCUGCAUAUGAACGCGAGUUCAGCCAGGUUCCCGUACUAAAUGAUGAGUCAAACAAGAAGAUAAUAGGAUAUAUCGAUGUAGAGAAGCUACUUAAACAGGACAACGAUCAUAGUAAGAGCGUCAAUGACUACACAAUUCGUUUCGCCUCGAAGAACAAACGUUUCAGAGUAAUAACGCCCUAUACACCACUUGAAGAGUUAGACAGCUUUUUAAUAGAUAACGAAUUCGCUAUUGUUACGGACCAACAAAGAAAGUUCGUACUAGGAAUAGCCACCAGAGGAGAUCUCAGCAACUUCCGUAAGCGCAGAGGGUCAGUUUAAAGUAUUGAUAAAUAUCCUUUGUAUAAAUAGACAAUUUCACUUUCUUUCAUCUACUCUCAUCUAGAAUGUCCUCCCAGGCUGGACUACAGAGACGCAGAGUGAACAAUAAUACUCAGAAUGAUGACAGUACAAGCUCAGGAAGGAAUUCAUCCUCUUUACCGUCAUCUCCGAGGCUGAGCACCGUUGGAAGAGGCGUAGCAUAUGAUCCUCGGGAUUUGCAAGUAGAGGAAGAGCAGAACCAACACCCUAAACUAACGCUUAUGGAAGAGGUUUUGUUGUUAGGUUUGAAGGAUAGGCAGGGAUACCUUAGUUUCUGGAAUGACAAUAUCUCCUACGCCUUAAGAGGUUGCAUACUCAUAGAACUCGCACUUAGGAAGAGAAUCGCGAUGGUACGCGAUCCAAACAGGCGAAGAUACGAUCUUGCGGAUAGACUAGUCGAAGUGACGAAUGACAAGCUCACUGGCGAGGUACUCCUCGACGAGACACUCAAACUUAUCAAAACAAGCGAGAAGCUCAGUGUCGGCAAUUGGAUCGACCUUCUGAGCGGUGAAACAUGGAAUGUUAUGAAAAUCGGCUACCAACUAAAGCAAGUCCGCGAAAGAUUAGCGAAAGGUCUAGUAGAUAAAGGUGUUCUCCGCACAGAAAAGAAGAACUUCCUGCUUUUUGAUAUGGCAACACAUCCAAUCGUCGACACUGUAUCAAAGCGUGAUGCAAUUGAACGUGUUUUGGCCUUGGCUAAUCCAAAUACCGUUGCUUUGGACAUGAACAAACUAUACAAAAAUCCAAAUGUCAGAGCUCGUGUAACAAGAUCUGUAGCAUUGUUAUUAUCAGGUUAUGCUGCCUCCGUUCUCGAAAAUGCUUUUGCUACCUUAAACUACGAUACAAGAGAGGAGGCCUUUAUGAGGACAGACGAGCUCCUUAACGAAUUUGGCGUCUGGCCCUGGGGUUUCGUUGGUACAGGUUCAGGAUCCGCCGUAGAUGGUGCCACAGGUAUUGGUUCUGCUUCUAUAGAUACAUCUGAUCAAGUUGAGACACCAGCAUCUGCUGCGAUGUCCCAUGCAUCUGCUGCACAAAUCACAAAUCUCGUCAGAAGUGCCAAAGAGGAAGUUGGCGAGGAUGAGCUUGAGUUUGAAGUUAUUGCUACUGUAUUCUCAGUAUUUGGAAAGAUGGAUUCAUUAUUGUAGAUUUAGAUUUAGGUAUACCCAUUGAAUAUAGUACAAAAAUAUAAUAAAUGAUAGAUUAUUACUCGUUCCAUAGGUUAUCGGUUUCUGCGGGUGCAGGUGCUAUUUCGUAUCUAGAACUCUCAGCAGGAAGUUGGACGUCUUCAUCAUUUUCUACUUGUUGUUUUCCCUCUUCUUCCUGCUCUUCCUGCUCUUUCCGCUCGUCUUGUCGCUGAACUUCUGGUUCCAAUGUGGAUUCUUCUGUUGGCUGUGCCUGAUUUGUUUGAGAAGUCUUCUCACUUGGCUUGUCCUGCUCUUUCGAAUACUCUAUUUUG